AUGGACUUUCAGUCUUCACCUUCUGAGUUCUCGUCCGUUGAAUCCGAAUCUGAGGACCCUCUUGCGCAACUGGCGAGGGAAGCGAAGCAGCAGCCGUUCACCACCAAGGAGAGCUUACAAAAGUCCUUAGAACACCGUCAACGAGCGCUUCAGCAAGACCAAACUUGGGAUCAGUACCUCGUCUUCACGUCUGUUCCCGCGGCGCAACAUUCUAGACUGAGUGAUGAUCGGUCGCGAACAAGCAAGUACAGUCGGUUACUGUAUAAUACAGAAACGCGAAUCUUGAUUGCGAAAGUCAUGCCAAAUCCUGCACACGAACUUGCAAUCAGAUCAUUUGAUUUACUGAUCUUUCUCGAGCUGCGUGCGAUGAACGUCCAUAAUGACGUGUUGCCUUUCGGUUCGACUACAGUUACCGUUGGAAAUUGGAAAAAGGAGGCUGACUGCUGCUGGGCUCCGGCUUCGACAAAUGCAAGGCCGAGUUUUGUGAUGGAAGUAGGACUGUCAGAGUCUGCGCGACGACUUGCUCUUGAUGCGCGUGGCUGGCUUGAGACCCCUUCUUCAUCUGUGAAGCUUGUGGUUACGAUCAGCAUCAAACCCAACACCCCUGAGAUCGUCUUGCACCGAUGGGAACUUGUUUCACGAGGUUAUGGCAUCCUGACAAGAUCAUCCCCUCUUUCAGCGUGUCAUACUGCAUUCCUCAAAUUAUCUCGAACGAAUGAUGCAACAAUUGUUACCGGAGAGUCCUACAUGAAUGGCACAAAUACGGCGACUACACAGCUGAAUCUAUCCUUCGACAAGGUUGUUGGCCGUCCUCCUCAUCAGCCCUUGGAAAAAGACUUAAGGAUAUCCGAGCAAGAGCUGAAAAGUUUUGCCGAGAAGAUCUGGAGUGCGCAGAGCCUCCUAUAA